AUGGCUACUUCCGAAGACGAAGAUGAACUUCAGCGUGCAAUUGCGCUUUCUUUGCAGGACGCAGCCGAUACACCGGCCCCAGAAGAGUCGAGCUACGACAGAGACCUGCGCCUGGCCAUGGCUCUCUCACUCGAGGGAAUAUCGGAAGGCCACACCCCCACUACUGGGUCGCAAGGCUCCGGUAAUGGUCCCUCUCAGUAUGCCUCUGCGAACGCUCCUGAAAGCCAGACCAUGGCUCAACCGCAAAAAGACGCCUCGAUUACUCCGACAACAAAACCUUCGACAACUGCGACCUUUGGCACGUUGGAUAGGAAGGCUAUGGAACAAGAGCGACUCGCGAGACUGGGGAAGCGAAAGCGCAGCGCCUCUCCACAUAGGCCAUCGAAACAAGUCGCUAAACAAACUCAUUCGGCGAAGCCUGAUGGGAUUCAAUAUCCCAAAGGCGCAAUCAAGCGUACCUGGGCGUACAAAUACCCCCGCACUGAUGAUAUUAGCUUCGAAGAGGUUCUGCAGGCCGCCACUUGCAACAUAGCUGUCUUGAGCUCGUUCCAGUGGGACGACAAGUGGGUGCUCCAUAAAGCAGAUCCAAAGAGAAUUAAACAGAUUUGGAUCAUAGGCGCCAAUACAGAUGCAGUGCGAGAGGAAAUACUCCAGGAGCUAGCUGAAUGUAAUACCCCGAACGUCAAGCCGCAUUUUCCACCGAUGCGUGCUACUACGACCAUGCACAGCAAGUUGAUGUUACUGUUCCACGAGACGCAUUUAAGGAUCGUCAUUCCCACGGCCAAUUUGAUGAAAGUAGAAUGGGGAGAGACAGGAAAGGAUCCGAAGACACCAGGGUCUUGGCAGCCAGCCGUUCUCGAGAACACACUGUUCCUGAUAGAUCUGCCUCGUCGUUUGGGAGGCGUAGUUGCCGAGAAGCUUGAGACUGCUUUUGGACACUCGCUGGUGUCGUUCCUCGAAGCACAACAGGUUGGGGAGAAUGUGCGUGCAGGGUUGUGCAAGUUCGACUUUUCCGAAACAAAACAUCUUGCAUUUGUACAUUCAAUAUCAGGAACACACUCAAGUGGACCACGGCGUAGCAACACUGGCCUGCCUGGCCUUGCUACAUCCAUACGAAAGUUGGACCUUCACAACGUUGAUCGCCUUGAAUUGGACUAUGCGUCAUCCUCUUUAGGUAAUUUGAAGGAGGACUUCCUCCAAAGGAUCUACUUGGCUGCCAGUGGCUUGCAUCCUUUGGCGGAUAAAGCCCCGAAAGGCUGGGCUGAUCACAUCCGUGUCUAUUUUCCAACACACGAUACCGUCGUCAAUAGCACAGGAGGAGUGGACUGUGGUGGAAUCAUCACCUUGAACUCCAAGAGCUACAACUCUGCUGCAUUUGCCCGUCAAUGUCUCCGAACCCACAAGUCAACACGAACUGGUCUCUUGUCGCACAACAAGAUCCUUUUGGCUCGAGGCCACAAGAAGGAUGGUACGCCAUUUGCUUGGGUUUAUAUUGGGUCCGCGAAUGCAACAGAAUCGGCCUGGGGCUCACAAAACAUCCUGAAGAGUGGAAAAGAGAGUGCACUGAAGAUCAACAACUGGGAGUGCGGCGUCGUGGUACCAGUGUCCACAGAGAAGCUGCAACGCCUUGCCAGUGGAGAGAUUCCGCCAAUGAGCGUAUUCCAAGGAACGAUUGAGGUGCCGUUCGAGUUCCCAGGGGGGGGAUAUGAGGGUAAGAAACCGUGGUUCUUCAUGGACCAUGAGCCCAAGGACGAGAUGGGUCGAGAGCGUGGUUUCAUUGGCUAG